AUGGUGCAGAGAUUCUACGAGAACAGCCAGAAGGGCCAGGAGGACAUACGUAACAGACUUGAUGCUGCUUUGUCUGAUCUACAACCAGAUGAAACUUUGAUUCAGAAGCUCAACUCAGACCUUCUCCAGCUCUACAAAGCAGAGGAAUAUUUCUGGAAACAAAGAAGCAGACAAUUAUGGUUAAGUCUGGGAGACUCAAACACGGGCUAUUUCCAUGCUAUCUCAAAAGGUAGAUCUACACAGAACAGACUCUCUGUCAUUGAAGAUAAGGAUGGCUUACCACACUACGAAGAAGAACAAAUAGCGAACAUCAUCUCCUCUUUCUACGCAGAUCUGUUCAAAUCAUCAGAGUAUCUCGGGAAUCAGAUACUAUUCCACAAGAGAGAGAUCACCGAAGCCACAUUCUCGAUAAUUGGAGAAAAGGCGCCAGGACCAGAUGGCUUUUCAGCCAGUUUCUUUCCCGCCAACUGGGAAGUAGUUGGUCCAGCAGUGAUCUCCGAGAUACAAGCCUUCUUCUCAACAGGUUUCCUCGCACCAUCAAUAAACAAGACUCAUGUCAGGCUCAUUCCAAAGUUUCUGGGAGCUAAAACGGUGGAAGAGUACAUGCCAAUUGCCUUAUGCAACAUUUACUACAAGAUCAUCUCUAAACUAAUCUCUAUCAGAUUAAAGAAUGUUCUUGGAGUAAUAGUAUCGGAAAAUCAAUCAGCAUUUGUUUCGGGAAGGGCAAUUGCAGACAAUGUACUUAUUACGCAUGAGGUACUACAGUUUCUAAAGACAUCAAAAGCGGAAAUAAGGUGUUCUAUGGCAGUUAAAACAGAUAUGUCAAAAGCCUAUGACAGGAUCGAAUGGCAGUUCAUCUCAGAUGUCCUAUACCGGUUAGGUUUCCAUGCAAUUUGGAUAAAUUGGAUCAUGCAAUGCAUCACUACAGUCUCCUACUCCUAUCUUAUAAACGAGACAGUGUAUGGAAAUGUUUUACCUCUCCGAGGAAUCAGGCAAGGCGACCCACUGUCUCCUUAUGUGUUUAUCCUCUGCGGUGAAGUUCUCUCAGGGCUGUGUAGAGAGGCUGGGAGGAAAGGCCUACUUCAGGGUAUAAGAGUGGCACGAGGUUGUCCAAGAAUAAAUCAUCUGCUCUUCGCAGAUGAUACUAUGUUCUUCUGUCUUGCGUCUCAAUCAAAGUGCGAAGCUCUCCAAGCAGUACUCACAGACUAUGGAAAAAGCUCUGGACAGAUGAUCAAUAAGAACAAGUCGUCUAUCACCUUCUCAAGUAAAACUCCCCCUGCAAUCAAAGAGAAUGCCAAAUCAGUAUUGGGAAUCACAAAGGAAGGGGGCUUAGGCAAGUACCUUGGCCUUCUAGAGCAUUUUGGGAGAAGAAAAAGAGAUUUGUUUACCUCUAUCGUGGAUAGAAUCCGACAGAAAGCAUUAAGCUGGUCUGCAAGGAGGUUAUCCAAAGCCGGAAAGCUCACAAUGCUUAAGGCCGUCCUCAGCGCAAUACCUACAUAUUCCAUGUCGUGUUUUCAGCUACCGGUGAGCCUCUGCAAAAGAAUCCAGUCAGUAUUGACCAGAUUCUGGUGGGAUGAGACUGAAGGAAAAAAGAAAAUAUGCUGGGUUGCUUGGGACCAACUAACGAAGCCUAAAGCUCUGGGGGGUUUGGGGCUCAGAGAUAUCCAACGUUUCAAUCAAGCUCUAUUAGCAAAGCUAGCCUGGCGUAUUAUUACAGCACCAGAGAGUCUCUUUUCACGUAUUCUCAUGGGAAAAUAUUGCCACAACAAGAGUUUCCUAGAGAUAGCACCCUCGCAGAGCUGUUCCCAUGGAUGGAGGAGUAUACUCCAUGGGCGAGACCUUUUGAAAGAAAACCUAGGGAAAUCUAUAGGAAAUGGACAAACGACCAAGAUUUGGAAGGAUUCUUGGAUCUCAUUGGAUAAGGUCCUAAAACCUAUGGGACCUAUCAAGGUAUCAGCCCUAGACCUAACGGUGGCAGAUCUACUAACUUCCGAACUCAAAUGGAACAAGCAGAGAAUCGAGGAGCUCUUACCAGACCUCGCCGAGCAGAUACAAUGUUACUUUGCUGCAACUUCUCACAAUCAUCAUACACAGCUAACAAGAGCAGAAGGAGAAUUUAGCUGGAUCAGAGACAUUUGGGCAGGCAAAUUCUCACCUAAGAUGAAAACGUUCCUCUGGUCCAUCGUCCAUAAAGCUAUCUCUCUAAGCUCAAAUCUGCAAAGAAGAGGUAUGACAUCAGCAACGCCUUGUGUUAGAUGCCAAGAUACAGAGAAUGAGAUGCAUUGUUUCUUCAACUGCCAGUACGCGAAGAAUGUUUGGGAUCUUAUGCCCCUUAGCAAAGCAGUUCACCUAGCUGCGGGGGUGACUUUCCCAGAGGUAGUAGUCAAAUUUAGGAGAGUUAUCUGUCUGCCUCCCUCAGGAAUCUCUCUUAACAUCCUCCGCUGGGUCUUAUGGGCCAUCUGGACGGCGAGAAACACCCUCAUCUUCGAAGGACGAUACCAAUCUCCUGAGGAAACAACACUGAACGGGAUUAAGUUAGCAAGAGAACGGACUAAUUCGCAAAAUCAAUCCUCUGGAAAGAAGGACCUACCUCAGAGUCAGCAAUUCCAAUCGCGAGCACCACCACAGAUUAAUCUCGAUAACGACCAGGUGACAUGCAAGACAGACGCGGCGUGGCACAAGGAAAAGCUCGUAGCAGGACUAGGGUGGGUGUUCUCGGGUCCGAGACUCGAAUCUCCCAUCAAAGGAUCGAUGUGUGAAGCUUCGAUAGGCUCCCCUCUAGUUGCAGAGGCUUCUGCAGUCAGAUCAGCUAUGUGUAUGGCGAUCAAUUUGGAGUUCAGCUCUCUUGAGGUGCUCUCUGACAACUUAACGCUCAUCCAAGCAAUCUCCGGCAUCACUCAGGCUAAGGAAAUCAUCGAUAUUGUGAAAGACAUCUGA